AAACUAAAGAUGAGUGACGACCCAGACUCCAUAACCGAGAGGAAGAUGAAGGAUUUUCAGUUCCGUCAGAUGAAGAAAAUCCGAGUAUUUGAUUCUCCUGAUGAUUUACCUAAAGAUCGCUCCAGUCUGCUUACAAUCUCCAACAAGUACGGGCUGACUUUUGUCGGCCAUGACAAAACUCUCAAAGUAUUUUUUACGCGGGACAUCAUUGCAGCUGGCAAGAUCGAUGGAAAUCCAAAUGAAAUUGUGGAGGGAGUGGAAGCUGUGACGGUGACUGUCGAUCUGCCCAUGCACCAUCUGGCCCUGAGUUGCGAUGAGCUCACCCUCUCCAUCUGUGGCAUGUCUGAAGAGGCUGGACUCUCACUGGACUUCUACGAUGUUCGAACCUUCCUCAACAAGGCCAAACAGGAGAAGGCUCCGUUUGCCUCAAUGAGUCCCAGUUCUGAGGUAGGCACGUCAGUGCAAGACCUUAAAUGGAACCCUGUAGAGGUACCCCUGUUGGCUGUCUGUCUCUCUGAUGGGAGUAUGAUGGUCCUGGAGGUGAAAGAUAAAGUUACAGUAUUCUCUCAGCUUCCCAGUGCAGACGGAAUUACCUCUGUCUGCUGGAGUCCAAAGGGAAAACAAGUCGCUGCGGGGAAACUUAACGCCACUGUCGUUCAGUACACCCCUAAUCUGCAGGUGAAAAGUGUGAUUCCCUGUCCAAGCUUCUACAGCUCAGACAACCCUGUCAGAGUCCUAGAUGUACUUUGGCUCAGCACCUACAACUUUGCUGUGGCAUACGCGGCUGCGGAUGGCUCUCCAGAGACUCCCCCCGGACUCGUUGUGGUGUCAGUGCCUAAAAGGGAUGAGAAGAAAAAUGAGAAAUACCUGAACUUUAAUGACCUGGUCUAUGGCACUUGUACAGAGAGACAGCACCACUACUUCCUCUGCCACAUCGAAGACUGGGACCUGGUCUUAGCUGCAUCGGCUGCUUCUAUUGAAGUCAGCAUUAUUGCCAAGCAGGAGGACAAGAUAAACUGGGAGCUUUGGCUUUUGGAAGACGCUAGUAGAGCUGAACUUCCCGUCACUCUUAGUAACGAUGACACCUUGCCUGUGGGUGUGGCCAUUGACUUCACAAGCCAGGAGGAGAUUCAGAUCUCUGAGGACAAGAAGCUGCCCCCGGCGCCCACCCUCAUGAUCCUGUCCACAGACGGAGUGCUCUGCCCCUUCUCUCUGCUCAAUAUGAAUCCAGGAGUCAAGCAGCUGGCCAUAGCUCCUCUCAGCCUGCCCCUGGAGGGCGAGAGACCACCAGCAGCAACUCCAGCUCGAUCAGUGCAGGGUAGCACUCCUGCUGUUCCAGCCCAGAAAACAGCCCUGGUUCCAGCCAGUACCCCAGCCUCACAGGCUGGUGUCUCUGUGAAAGCCCUGGAGAAGCAUCUUCAGCAGAGGGAAGACUUGGAUCUUGCUGGGAUUGGGAUAUGUGUGGAGAUUGCUCACUUCCAGAAGGAACUGGACGACCUGAAGGCACGCAGCAGCAAAGCCGAUUUUACUAUAGGAACCAACGAUGAGAUGAGAGAACUGCAGAAGGAGUCUGAGGAUCUUCACGUCUUCACAUUAGAGAUCAAAGAGACCACAGAGUCUCUGAACGAAGAUAUAAGCAUGUUGAUGACAGCCAUACUGGAGGGCUUUGCGGGAGCCGAGCAUGCCAAAGCUCAGAGUGAACUGAACAGAGAUAAAGGCUACCUGGAGCUGCUCUAUAAGAAACCUCUGGAUCCACGCAGUGAGGAGCAACUGAAGGAGAUCUGCAGGCUCUACCAGUAUGUGAAGUUUGCGGUGGAAGAUGUGAACGACGUUCUGGACCGUGAGUGGAAAAAACAUCUUGAGAAGAAGAAGAAACAGAGACACGUGAUUGUUCCUGAGAGAGAGACGCUGUUUACAACUUUGGCCAACCACCAAGACAUCAUUAACCAGCAGAGACAGAAACUGGAUCAGCUGAUGGCAGACCUACAAAGCCUCAGGCUCUACAAGAAAACUUCGCCCUGGACCAAACUCAGCCAGCGUGCACCAGUGCCCUCACAGCAGGGACUUGACAGUGAGUUGGAGAAUCUGAAAGAUGCCCUACUCAAAGCUAACCUAGAGACAUCACCCAAAGCUCCUUCUAAAUCUCCAGUUAAAAUGACUCCAGUGAAGCAGUCCCAGCUUAGAAACUUUCUGUCAAAGAGACAGACACCUCCAGUCCGUUCCACUGCCCCAGCAAACCUGUCACGGUCUGCCUUCCUCUCGCCCAAAUAUAACGAAGACCAGGAUGACAUCAGCUCCACUUCAUCUCUGUCCCAAGCUCUGGAGGCAGAAGACGAUCAACAAGUGGUAGAGGAGGAGGAAGAGGAAGAGGAGGAGGAGGAGGGGGUGGAAGAGCCAGCCCAUGUCCCCGCGCUGGCUCCCUCCACCAAUCGCCACCCGGCCGUGGUGCGCACCCCUUCCAUUCAGCUGGGCUUUAGUACACCAUCCACUCCCUUUAGUAGAGUCACUUCAAAUCUGGGCACCAUGAUCAACCCUGUUCCCACAACCAAGAUUAAUAUUGUGGGAGCAGACAGCACUGCCCUGGCCACAAAGACAGUGAAGCAUGGUGCCCCACCCACAGAGAAGGCCCCCACCACGUCUCUCCCCGCCUCUACAGCAGGGCGGGCUGCCUUAAACAGACAGAUGACCAAAAUUUGUGGAGCCGCUCUGACAGAGUUCACUCUGAACACUGUACCUCAGGUGGUCAACGUUCAGGAGCUGAAAGAUAAAGGCCCUCCCAUACCAGUGUCGACGGUCAUCAGUUCGUCUGUACCUGCGCCUGCUGCUCAAGUGGUGCAGCAGAUGCUGGCUACUGUAGAGAAUUCCAAGAGAAGUUCCUCCCUAGGUCCUUUAAAGGUGUCUGCACCAAACACAGAGAACACACCUGCCUCUGCACCGAGUUUCUCAUUCGCAGCUCCAGCAGCCUGUGCUUCGGCCUCAGGCCCUGGAGAGCCAAGCAACAAGCCCUUCACUCUCUCAGCUGGGUCCACACCAAGUUUCUCUUUCUCUGCUCUGGGUACCACUUCUCAACCUCAAGCAGCUGGGUCAACGCAGGCCAUAGACCUGGGCCAGCAGAGUAAAUAUAGCUUUGGAACAAAGAUGGCGUUUGCCUCAACCAGUGUUGAAGAACCUUUUUCUUUCGCUUUCAAAUCCCCAUCUCCUGCUCUGGACACCAGCUCAUCCAACCCUCCACCGGGCAUGACUGAACCUGUCAAGUUGACAUCCUCUGUGCCCUCUCUCCGUUCGGAACCACAAGCUGCCAAAGUAGGCUCUACAGGGGAUACUCUUGGCAUUUUCUCCGGCCUGCGGGUAGGGCAGGGGGAUCAGGAGGCUAAGGAAGCCCCAAAGACCUUUGCAUUUGGACAGACCAGUAAUGCAUCAAGUUUUAGUUUUGGAGUUAUGCAAAGUAAUAAGCAUGCUCAAGCUGUGAGCACUGCUGCACCGCUAACUCUUCCUGCAGCAGCAAGUGACAUUUUUAAAACACAAGGACUGGGGGCUUCGUCAGCCACGAGGCCAGAUUUCUCACAAGUGCCAAGUUCAUCCAUCCCUGGAACAGCCACCUCGUUCAGUGAUCUUCUCGCAGCACCUAUUUCAUCUGAGACAACAGAGGUGAGCGAGGAGCCCACAGAACCAUCCGUUUCCUCACCUGAACCCUCCCCAGUUCCAGAUGUUGACGAGACUCCAGCAGAGCCAAGUACCGAAAGCUCCACCCAACCAACCCAGUCUCCUGUUCCUGUUAUUGAACCUGCAAAACCACAACCAGUCGGCAUAGAGACGACAGCAAUUGUGGCUAGUGAUAAAGCCCCAACUCCACCAGUGCCAGCACCUGAAGUGUCACCUACACCUGCACCUGCUUCAGUCACACCACUAGCAGAGACAGUCCCUGGGCCUGAGCCUGCAGCCCCUGCAGUUCCAGCAGCUCCAGCAACUGCCCCUGAGGCUUCCACUGCUCCUCCACCCGUAUCUGCUCCUCAGGAACCCCCUGCUGCCAGUGUGGUCCCACCUUUGUACAAACCAGGGUCCAUCUUUACCCAGCCACCUCCCAGCACAAAAAGCACUAUUACAGGGUUGAGGAGUAUCACUACAGUCAUUACCACUAUGCCCUCCCCCACCUCUUCUGCACCACCUGUACCUAGCACCACAGCUCCACCAUCUUUGUUUGGCAUGCCACCCUCAAGUGCUCCAGCUCCGGCUUUUGGAUCUACAGCCUUUGGAGCCAGCUCCACCUCCUCUGGCUUCGGCAAACCAAUUUUUGGACAGGUUGACAGUUUCGGCCAGCCCGCAGCAACAGGUAUUACUAGCGGUUUCACUUUCGGUCAGUCAGCCUUUGGUGCAAACUCUGGUUUUGGGCAGCCUGCUGCAGCAACCUCCACUCCAGCCUCCAGCAGUGGAGGGAGUCUGUUUGGUUCAUCCAGUACCAGCAGCGCCAGCUCUUUUUCCUUCGGUCAACUUGCGACCAGCAGCAGCAGUUCCGCAGCCAGCACCGGUACAGGGCUGUUUGGUCAGACCAGCACGCCUGCCUUCGGCCAGUCGAACACUGGCUUUGGACAGGGGUCUGUGUUCGGCAGUAACACUACAACCACAUCGUCCUCUGGUUUCAGCUUCGGACAGCAAUCUGCUGCUUUUGGCAGCACACCGACCUCUCCUGUGUUCGGCCAGCAGCCCAGCAGUGGUAAUGUUUUUGGACAGGCCUCGUCUGGUGGAAGUCUUUUUGGUUCUAGAGCCACUAAUACGUCGGCCUCGUCAGGUGGCGGAGGCUUUUUCAGUGGUCUAGGUGGGAAGCCCAGCGAGGAUGCUGCCAAUAAAAACCCAUUUGGGACGGCAAACACCGGGGGCUUUGACCAGCCCAACCAACCAGGGUCCUCCACCCUUUUUGGGAACAGCCGGGGUGCCAAGACUUUUGGGUUCGGGGGCCCUUCGUUUGUGGAGCAGAAGCCAUCCGGAACCUUCAGCAGUGGAGGAGGCAGCGUUGCAGCACAAGGCUUUGGAUCCUUCUCCACACCAGUCAAAACAGGUGGUUUUGGGAGUGCUCCGGUCUUUGGAAGUCCACCUGCCUUUGGGGGUUCCCCAGCUUUUGGAGGGACUGCUUUUUUUGGCUCUUCCCCGUCUUUCAGUAACCCCAUGGGAUCCUCUGGGGGGAAGGUCUUUGGGGAGGGGACAGCAGCAGCCAACGUCGGGGGAUUCGGAUUUUCCUCUGCUUCUAACGUGCCCAGUUUUGGCAGCAUAGCCAAUCAGAGCGCCACGCCAAGUUUUGGGAACCCUGCCCAGCAGCCGACAGGAUUUGGGGCCCAGAACAGUGGUUUCUCUGGCUUUGGCACCUCUUCUGCUUUCUCCGGUGGCUUUGGGAAUACCAAUCAAAAUUCCUCAAAUUUUGGUGGGUGGAGAAGCUAAUUAUGGAAGAUACCUCUGACAUGCCCAGCUGAAAGAAAGGAUGGGGUUUGGAUGGAAAGCAAAAGAGUUUAUUUAGUGUUUCACUGACCAACGGACUGACGGUGGUAACAUUUCUCAUCAACACGUUUGUAAGAGGCAAAGCCCAGCUCAUCCUGAGACCAGGAAUCACGCU